AUGGCUAUUGGUGUGGACCAUAAGUUGAGCAUUAUACAGUCAUUCGUUUUUCUGGAUGUAGAGGCCAAUGGGCUUUUCCCAAUCGAUGCAAUGAAUCCAUUGGAUGAUCCACCGAUUCCAGGCAGUGAAAGAGAUUUGUCUCAAAUAUUACGCAACCAUAUCAGGCUUACUAGUUCCAGUCAAGCCCCUCAUAUGAUGGAAAUCAGCCUUAUUUCGGCUACGAGAAAAGCAGUUUUAUCUGGGAUUCGAAAAAUGGAUCAGUUGCUGAACAAUGACGCGGAUGAUAUGUCACGUUUUGGGUUACGUUCGAGGUCCAGUAGUUUCCGAAUUCCGUGCAAUAUCUACUGCGCACAGGUAAAGCCUAAAAUGAGUCAGCGAGAGUGGGCAGAAUAUGAAAAAGGAAGACUUCGGUAUAGCGUUUUUGUUUACUCUCAAGAAGACUUAGAAGACAAAAACGACUUUGCUACGGAAUGGAAAGGAGUGAAACUUUUUCUGGAACAAAUGCGGAAGCCAGUUUGCAUAAUUGCUCACAAUGGACUAAGGUUUGAUUUUCGUUUACUGCAUGCAGAAUUUGAACGAAAUGGUCUUCUGAAUGCUAACCCUAUUCCUGAUCAGGUUUAUUUUGUAGAUUCCUAUCUCAUGUUUCUGGAUCUGGAAAAAAAGUUACAUGACGAACUGAGGACUGCCGUGCAGUUAUUAGAUUGGAGUCGCUUGUCGACACAAAUAAAAAAUGAAAGUCUACCACUGUCACCACAGGAAAUGUCAUCGUGUUUAGUAUGCGCAAGUUCGCAAGCUCAUACGGACAUUGUUUCUAAACGAUUAGGCUCACCUGCAGUACAGAACAUUUCUUCAGUGACACCUAAAAGUGAUAUCCCAACUAUUACUAAAGAAUCACAGGACACUACAUUUGUUGUUCCUGUUGAGUGUACAAUUAGAAGCGAAUCGAAAAGGCCUGCUAGAAGGCAGCUUUUUACUCAAACAUCGGACGAUCAUCCAUUAAAUUUUAUCCGUAUGACGAAAUGGUCACCAGCUAAGAAGAAACGUGUUCGACCGAAUCUUUUUAAACGUUCCGGUGAAGGUGACUGGGUGUUCAACAAUCAUUUUUCGGUUGCAUAUUUCCAUGAAAAAGGUGCCUUCAAAUUGGAAUCCAUGUAUAAGCAGUUAUUAAGUGACGAUUAUGAUGCUCAUUUUGCUAGAAAUGAUUGUGAAGCUUUGUUGAAAAUUUGCGUAGCAUAUGGAGAAGAAUUUGUGGAAUAUGUGGACACGCAUGCUGUUAAAUUUCCAUUUUAA